AUGAACCCCAUACAUGAGGACAAUCCCGACCUACGAGCCAGUAUGGACGCGUUUGCCGAAGCUCGACAGUUCUUUAUCGCCUCCCUGAGCGCCGACGACCUCGCUCUACUAGGCAACUCGUGCACGGCUGAAGAUAUCCUCGCCGAAGUCAGAAAAGCAGAGGAUGAGCACAGAGACAAGUCCAAAUCUCGAAAGUAUGUGAAAGGCAUCGAACCUUUUGUCAGAGGAGCAGAGCAAUAUGGCAAGGCUGUCGAUGUGUUCGUCCACGUUAACGCCAAGCCGGAAAUCUUGGCAUUGAUUUUGGGUGCUGCGAAACUCGUGCUGCAGCUUGCUGGCGACUUCAUCGACUUCUUCGAAAGAAUUGUCGAUAUGUUCCGUCGUCUUGGGAAGUCACUUGGAAGAUUUGAGAUCUAUGCGCGGCUGUACCCCACUUCGGAACGCCUGAAAUCAGCUCUGGUCGAGGCGUAUGGAAAGUUUUUGGGAAUUUGUCUUCUUUGUAAAGGUGUGUUUAAGGAGAAGAGCGCUAAGAGGAUGAAAUGGCUCCCAGGCACAAGCUCGGCGAUUGCGUUGAAGAGCUUGUGGAAACCGGUGAAGAGCAAACUUGAAGCUACGCUCGAGGAGCUGGAUGAACUGCUCGAAGGCGUGGAGAAGGAGGCAGAUGUUGCAGAGAAGAUGGAGGCUUCCAUAGCGAGGGUGACUAUCAAUGGUCACGUUACAGCCCAACGAUGCCGAGAAAUGUUUGAGUGGCUUGGAGGUGUUGAUCCUAGCAUAAAUCAUUACAAUGCAGUCAAACUUCACCUGCCUGGGACCGGAGGUUGGAUCUUUGCCGACGAUAGUUACAAGACAUGGGAGAACGAGCAGAAUGCUACAUUGUGGCUUCAUGCAAAACGUACUAGCUAUCUCUUCUUCUGCUUUAUGAGUAGUUUUGCUAACAAACACGAAACUGCAGCUGGAGCGGGGAAGACAAUUCUUAUGUCAACAAUAAUCGACCACAUUGGAAAUUUCGUUGAAGACGACCACGGAGUCACGAUUAGCUACUUCUAUUUCGACUACAAAGAUAUCAGCAAACGAGACUCAAGAAAAGCGAUUGAGACGCUGAUUGUAUCGAUGUCUCGCCAAAGCCCUGCAGCGUUCGCUUACGUGGAGGAUAUAUCCAAGAAAUAUCGAGAAUUCAAAUCUCAAUGCACGUUCCCGACUCUUUGCUCCAUUCUGAAGAAGUGUCUCGAUUUCCAGCAGCGGAACUUCAUCAUCCUUGAUGCUUUAGAUGAAUGCAAUGAUCGUGAAGAACUUAUUCACUUCCUUGUCGAGCUUUCGAAAUCGGAGUCAUCGAGGUUGAAUUUACUCAUGUCUAGUCGACAAGAAACGGACAUUCAAAGGCAGCUGGAUCAUUUGCUACAGAUCACCUUGGCAGAGGCGAGCAAUGCACAUGACAUUGACUUGUAUAUUCAGUCACGGCUGCAAGAAAUGAUAAAUGGCAAGAAGUUGAAGCUUCGAGAUCCGAACCUGCAAGAAGAAAUUUUCCAAUGCCUUACUUCUCGUGCGAAUGGAAUGUUCCAGUGGGUUAAGUGCCAGCUCGACGUCUUAUGCACACUGAUAACCGACAAAUCGAUUCGUGUUGCAUUGACCCAGCUCCACAAGGGCCUCGACGAGACCUACGUCCGAGCAUUCUCGAAGAUCCGCAUCGAGAUGGGAGAAGAUUCGAUCACGAUCAAGAAACUUUUCCAGUGGCUCACCCAUUCUCUGAGGCCUCUCACACUGCGCGAGCUUGCCGAGGCCAUCAGUAUUGAAAUAGGGCAGGCUCGAAUGGACUUUUCUGCUGUGCCGACAGACCCGGAAGAUAUCCUUCGGUUCUGUGGAGGCCUGGUGAUUAUCGCCGGACAUGAUGAUCAGGAGACGGUCAACUUCUCUCAUUUCUCGAUCAAGGAGUUCUUGCUCUCACCACGGAUUCUCGACACUGAGGUCGCGGAAUUCUACGGCGGAUCGCCUGCAAUAAUCCAUGAUGUUGCUGCAACGUGUAUUACAUACAUCAUGAUGGAUGACUUCGCGGACGGCCAGUGCUUGGAGACCACGAAGCUCAAGGAGCGAGGACGGAAGUAUGGCUUCUUACGCAGAUCACGGCAUAAAGUGACGGGAUUACAGGGCAUAAUUAUAUGCAGUCCACUAAAGUGCCCUGUAAGGUCUUACUUGCCCCCUGAAGGCUAUUUCGCUUAAAAAAAGGGGCUUGCAGGUGGGGUAAAUCACCUGAUAAAAUU